AUGGAGAAAAUCAAGAAACUGUUCAACAGCUCGCAUAGCCAGCAUCGUCAUCACAAGAGCAAAUCAGAUCAAACUGUAAUUGUACCACAGGCAACAAAAAGAAAGCGGUUCUCUCUAGUUCUACUGAAAUCUGCCAUUGAUCCCAAUCACAAGCAAUCAUCGCAGCAACAAGAAAAAAAGAAUCGGCCUACCAGCAAGCACACUUCAAAAUCUACAUCAUUUUUACAAUUGCAGUCAUUUAGAAAUAACAAUGGCGCUUUUAAAAAGAGUCGAUCCAUGUUUGGUCAGCUCGCAUCAUUCAACAAACCUCUUGGUAAUGUGGAAACAGAAGCAGCAGCUGCAACAACAAACAGAAGCAGUCUUAUCGCAGAGAGUGUAUUCCAAGACUAUUUCAAUCAUGCACCAGAAAGCGAUGUAUUACAUACAGCGGCAGUCUCUAUUUCUUCUGCAUACAAUACCAUCAACAACGAUAAUAUUAAGCUAUUUUUAAUCAAUGGUGGCAACAUCAAUAUGCACCAAAAUAGUCAUUUGCAACUUGGAAUACAAUUUUAUGAAAAAGGAGAACUUGAAAAUGCAACUCAUUAUUGGCGGUUAGCGACAGAAGAAAAUGAAAUAAUGGCCAUCUUCUUUUACGGGUUAGCGCUGAGACAUGGCUGGGGAUGUAGAAAGAGCCCUGCAAUUGCAUUGAGAUACCUUCAAAAGACAACUAAUGAAUUUACUCCAAACGAACUACAAACGGCUCUAUCUCGGCUAGUAGACGCUGCAAAAAUAGAAUCAUUAGCUUGUUCUAUAUAUGAAUUGGGAGAGUUCUUUUGGCAUGGUUGGGAGGUACCAAAAAGCGUUGCUAUGGCAACUUGGUAUUUUCAAUUAGCUUCUGAUAUGGAUAAUCCUAAUGCCAUGAAUGAUCUGGCGUUUUGCUUUCGAUAUGGGCAUGGUGUUACAAAAGACGAUCAACAAGCUGCUAAAUUGUAUAGAAAAGCCGCUAAACAUGGUCUUAGCUUGGAAAAUAACUCAUGGAUUUGGGAUUCUCAAUACAAUGAUGGCGGUGAUGAUAAAAAUGAAUAA